AUGAAUUUGAACUUGACGAAGAAGGUCGAAGAUAACAUUUUAAAUAUAUUAAAUGAAAGGGAGCACGAGAUAGAUGAUAUAAUACACGACUACACAGUGCUUGAAAAAAAGUUAUACAAGUCAAGGGACGAUGAGGCACUAGAAACCCUGAGAGAAGCAAGGCUUCGGGAGCUGAAGAAACAGUAUACAAGGAGGCAGGAGUACUUACAGAAGGGGUACGGGAGGGUAGAGGAGGUGUACUCAGACAAGGAGUUCUUCAACGCGUGUAGAGACGCAGACUCAGUGGUGGUUCACUUUUAUCGGCCAACAACAAAGAGGUGUGAAUACCUUGAGUCUCAUUUGAAAAGGGUUGCAGAUACCCACUUUACGACAAAGUUCCUAAAGGUAAACGCAGAAAAGACGCCCUUUAUUUGCGACAGAUUCAACAUUUGGUGUAUACCGACGCUCAUGAUAAUAAAAGAGGGAAAGACCAGCCACUCAAUAGUAGGAUUCGAGGAGUUGGGAGGCGACGGAUUCGAUACAGAAACCCUGGUGUCAGUGCUCGACAAACAUGGAAUAAAGCAGCCCAGCGGCUGA